AUGCCCGAUUCCGACAAUCAAGCCAGUCCGUCUACCGUUGAUCACACAACUGAGGAGACUGCAUGCGUGGACAAUGAGCCUAGUCCUAGUGAAGUUUCUGUGCCAAAAUCAGCUAUCGAUGUUGCCAUUGAACUUAUAGAACAAGCAGAGAUUGAUGCUUUGGAGGCAGCUAGAAUGUGAGU